AUGCCAGACAACGAUUUAGAAAUCGAAAUGGAGUCUAGCUUGAGAUGGAAUCAAGUAACAGAAAAUGAAUCUUCGCUACCGCCCCCGGAUGGAGGGAAAGAUGCUUGGUUGUUCUUGGCCGCUGGAUUCGUUAUUGAGAUCAUGGUCUGGGGUUUCCCUUGGUCCUAUGGCAUCUUUCAAGACUAUUACAGUACCAGUCUACCCUUUGCCGGCUCUUCCGGUAUCCCAGCAAUCGGCACCUCUGCCAUGGGGAUUCUAUACAUGGCAGCACCAAUCACAUUUGGUUCGGUUAUAAGAUAUCCGCAGUAUAAGCGCCCGGCCAUAGUAGUUGGUUUGCUAACUAUGUGCCUGUCACUGGCGUUGAGUUCGCUGUGCACAACAGUACCGCAGCUAGUUAUGACGCAAGGGAUUCUCUACGGAAUCGGCGGGGCAGUGACAUAUAGUCCCGUGGUACAGUUCCUGGAUGAAUGGUUUGUAAGAAGAAAGGGACUGGCUUUUGGGAUCAUGUGGGCUGGGACAGGUGUUGGAGGCGUCAUAACACCUCUCCUGCUCGAAUUCCUUUUGCACAAGUACGGCUUCCGCAAUGCGCUCCGCAUAUGGACAAUCUUAGUUUUCGUGAUUAGCUUGCCUCUAACCUGGUUUCUCAAGCCACGCCUCCCCGUACCAUCGACAAACCGUGCCCGACUGGGAUUCACCUUCCUUACAGACAGAUCGUUCUGGAUCUUCCAACUCGGUAGUAUCUUUCAAAGCCUUGGUUUCUUCGUCCCGUCUAUCUACCUUCCUACCUAUGCAAAGCAACUCGGCUUCGACAGCACCGUCUCAGCUCUCACAAUCGUGCUCAUCAACGUCGCUACAGUCUUCGGAUCCAUUGGAAUGGGAAGCGUUAUUGACAGAUGGCCCGUCACUACUGGGAUUUUGAUCUCUACAACUGGUGCGGUACUGUCCGUCUUCCUCAUUUGGGGCUUCAGUACUACUCUCCCUCCACUUCUUAUCUUCUCAUUCAGCUACGGCCUCUUUGCAGGCUCGUUCACCAAUACCUGGCCAGGUAUCCUGAGAACGGUUCAAAAGAACACAGGGCAAAUGGAAGGCCCGAUGGUGUUCUCAAUCUUGUCACUUGGACGAGGAAUCGGAAACGUAAUCUCAGGCCCCUUAAGCGAAGCGCUGAUCAAGCUGGGAACUAUCGGUGGGCUGGGUUUUUAUGGGACGCAUUACGGAAGCUUGGUGAUAUUCACGGGAAUAACUGCCGCAUUUGGAGGGAUAGGAGUGUUCGGAAAAAGGACGGGAUGGCUUUAA